CUCCAGCGUUUCAAGGUGCUCCAAUCCAACCAUCAUCACGUCCGUCGCUCUGCAAAUGGUUUAGUGUCGCAGUUGGUGCUUUCCAUGGUGUGCGGGCAGUAUACCGAUGAUUUGUUGUCGGCUGAGUUAUGGUGAAAGUCCAGCAUAUUGAAGAUGUCAAUGCUAUCAACCAAACGUCCAAACAAGAAGGAUAUUUUUGUCAACCUCCGUCUACCCAAAAAAUAUCUUGUGCAGAAGAUGAACAGUUGGAGAUUAUUGGUUUUAGACUUAGUAAAUACAAGAAUUACCUGACGCAUUGCCUCUACUUCUUGAGCAUAGGUCUUUUACGUUUAUACUUCCAUUGGUAUCCUCAUAUCAAACUUUCUUCAACGCAUUCUAAAAGUGACUUGGCUGUUGCAGAAAAAGUGCUGAUAGUUGAUACAUAUAAAUCUAAAUUUAAAACAUAUUAUGUGAAGGACAUCAGAACGAUUCAUGUGGAAGUACAAAGUAAAGAAGAGAGUCAGAACACCAAUAGUGGUUUCGUAACUAGCAAGCGUUUGGUAACGGUACACUUAGAAAAUGGGAAAACUUUAGAACUGAAAGAAAUCCGUACAAUAAAAUGCAAGAAAAUGGUGUACAUAUGGGAUCCAAAGGAUAAGUUAUUCUAUAGAAUGGUAGGCUUAGACCAAGGCAUGCUAAAUUCCGACUUGCAUCAACAAAAUGGAAUGACAAAAGAAGAACAAAACUCAAAAAGGACAAUUUAUGGUUCCAAUGAAAUCAAUAUACCAGUCCAAGGCAUCCUUACACUAUUUGUGCUAGAAGCAUUAACCCCAUUCUAUAUAUUUCAAGUUUUCAGCGUUUUGCUAUGGGUUGCAGAAAAUUAUUUAUACUAUGGAAUAGCCAUUGUUAUCAUGUCAAUAUAUGGUAUCUCAUCUUCCAUCAUACAAACAAGGACUAAUCAAAGAAAUUUGAAAGGGACAGUUUUUACAGAAGACACAGUUACCGUAUGUAGGGGUAGCAAUUUUUUUGAAGACAUAAAAACCUCUGAACUUGUACCUGGGGAUCUGAUUGCCAUACCAUCAGAAGGAUGUAAGAUGCAGUGUGAUGCUGUUUUGCUAAAAGGAAAUUGUAUAGUUAAUGAAAGUUUGCUUACAGGAGAAUCAGUUCCUGUUCAUAAAACAUCAUUAGCGAAUGACAAUAACUAUUACAGGGUAACAGAAGAUUCAAAUAAUACAUUAUUUUCUGGCACCACGGUCUUACAAACCAAAUUUUGUGGCAAUAGAGAAACCUUAGCUCUUGUGCUUCGAACAGGUUACUUAACAACAAAAGGAGAACUUGUUAGAAGUAUGUUAUAUCCACCACCAGCUGAUUUCAAAUUCGACCAAGACAGUUAUAAAUUCAUAGGAAUACUUGUUGUCAUCGCUAUGUUAGGUUUUUUUUAUACAGUGGUGACAAAGUUAUCCAGAAAAUUACCUUUCAUUGAUAUCGCCAUUAAGGCACUAGAUUUAGUUACCAUAGCAAUACCACCAGCACUUCCUAUAGCCAUGACAGUAGGAAAACUCUAUGCAAUAGACAGGCUAAAAAAGAACAACAUUUACUGCAUAAACUCUAAAGUUAUCAACGUUUCUGGAUCUGUUGAUUGUGUAUGCUUCGAUAAGACAGGAACAUUAACAGAAGACGAGCUCGAUAUGUGGGGAGUUUUACCUGUCAAUAAUAAUAAAUUCGAUCUUCCUAUAAAAGACAUAGCUUCAAUGAGAGUAGAAAUCCCAUUGUACAAAGGAAUGCUCACUUGCCAUUCUUUGAGCAUUAUUGAUGGGAAGUUGUGUGGAUAUCCAUUAGAUUUAAAGAUGUUCAAUUCUACCAAUUGGAUUUACAAAAAAUAUUGUAAUGAUGAUUCAAAAGGAAAAUUAUUGAUACCAGAAGCAAUAGUCUAUCCUAAUCAUCCUAUCACUGAUAAUAGUACUUAUGACAUCCAGAUAUAUGCCCAGUUUCCUUUCAUAUCUUCUCUUCAAAGAACUAGUGUUAUUUGCAAAGACAGUUCAGAAGGUUCAUGUUUUGAAAUCUUUUGUAAAGGAUCACCAGAAGCGAUUGUAAUGCUCUCAAAUCCUAAAACAGUACCAGAUGAUAUUUUUCUCAAGUUGAAAAUGUUCACUACAAAAGGUUAUAGAGUCAUAGCAAUGGGCACUAGAACAUUAAAUGUCGAAGAAAGUGAAGUUUCCAAAUUUUCUAGAGAGGAUAUCGAGAAGGAUUUAAUCUUCAGCGGUUUGAUAAUUCUGGAGAACAGGUUGAAAGUUCAAACUGCAGGAACUAUAAAAACGCUCAAAAAUGCAGGACUGAAGAUUAAAAUGAUCACAGGAGACAACAUACAAACGGCAGUUAGUGUAGGUAAAGAAUGUGGAAUAGUUGAUAAAAAUUCCUCAAUAGUAGAAGUUUUAGUCACCAAUUCUUUGAAAGAAGGACCAAAAAUUAGAUACAAUUCUUUUGAUAGAGACAGCUAUAAAGUCAGUAAAAGCAUCAGUGAGGGUUAUUUUCAUGAAAUGAGAGACGUUGAAAUUAUCUGUAAAAAAUACCAGUUUGUUGUAACAGGAAAUUCUUGGGCUAAUAUUAUAGAGCACUUUCCCAGAAGUAUUCCACACAUCAUAAAGAAAGGAAUUGUUUUUGCAAGAAUGUCCUCACACCAAAAGCAACAACUUAUAGAGGAGCUCAAGAAUAUUGGAUAUUACGUAGCAAUGUGUGGUGAUGGAGCUAACGACUGUGCAGCGCUGAAAGCAGCUCAUCUUGGAAUAUCCCUAUCUGAAGCAGAAGCAAGUAUAGCAGCACCCUUCACAUCUAAACAACAUAACAUAUCUUGUGUUUCUAUGGUAAUAAGAGAGGGCAGAGCAGCACUCCUUACCUCUUUUGGGGUGUUCAAGUUCAUAGUAUGUGGAAGCCUUGCCGAGUUCUUCUGCACUGUUAUUCUCUAUGGGAUAGAUUGCAACUUGUCAUCUAUGCAAUUCCUAUUCAUGGAUAUUUUCUUACAGCUCAAUCUUGCCACCUUCUUUGGAAAUACGGAAGCUUGUGAGAAACUUCACCACAAAGCCCCACUUAACUCUAUUUUAUCUUUUGUUCCCCUAAUGUCUAUGACUCUGUUUAUGUUGUUGUCAGUAGGUUUUCAAAUUUUUGCUUUUUAUUUCAUUAGAACAUUCAGUUGGUAUAAACCAUUUUCUUAUGUUUCGCAUGUUACAGAUAUCAGUAUGUGCCAGGAGAAUUUCUCCACUUUCGUGAUAUCUAUGUUUCAGUACAUAACUAUGGCUAUAGUAUUCUCAAAAGGCAAACCUUACCGUCAACCUUUAUACACAAAUAAGAAAUUCACCAGCGUUUUAAUCAUUACUACCUUGAUUUGUAUUUAUAUUACAUUGAUUCCACCUUCCUGGGUGGUACAAGCACUAGAAAUUAAUCUCCCUACAGACCUUGACAUCAGAAUCCAACUCUUGAUAAUGGCUAGUGUCAAUUUAAUUCUUGCAUUAUUGCUCGAAGAAGUAAUUGUGGAUUUAAUUAUAGGCAAGAUGAUUUAUCCUAGGUUUAAACACUACCACAAAUCAAUAAAAUAUGAAAAAAAUGUUGAUGUAGUGGAUUGCCCAAAUAAAAAAACUGUGAUAAAAAAUGUUAAUGAAUGUAAGAAUGAUGUAAAGUUAAAUGAUAAGCUCAGCAAAGAAGAUAAAUAUAUUGUUACCAGAUGUUGAUAAUUACUAGCAAAUACAGACUUUGUUAAAUUCU